UUUAGCGUUAAGUAUAAGAAAAGUCAAUUUAUAUUUAGAAGUGGUAUGUGAGCAUAAAGUUAUGAGAACAAAUAUGAUAUAACGUGUUGUUGAAAACAUACUGCAUUUUAAGUUUAAAAUUAUGCUUUUAACAUUUUCAUGUAGAAAAGAUGGUAAAGUUCGUAAAAUGCAACAUUCCCCAUAUCAAACAAAGAUUCGACUGGGAUUGCGGCAUAGCCUGCGUUUUGAUGUUGUUGUCAGAAAAGCAGAGAAAUUAUUUUAGUAAACAUUUUCUGGAAAUAUGUCAACAAGAGGGAUUUGGUACUAAUACUUGGACAAUUGAUAUAUCGUAUUUAUUGAAACGGUUUGAAGUCAAUCAUCGCUUAUAUACUACCAGACGUGCUCCUAAUUGUAAAGCUGGUAGCAGUGGAAAGAAGCUUACUGUCAAUGAUGCGGAUCGCAUCAAAAAUAGAUUUGCCAAGGCAGUCGCUAAUAACAUUAUCAUCAUUGACGGCGCUCUCUCUACAAAGGCAUUGAUAGAACACGUAGCUACUACUGGACCAGCUCUGGUGCUUAUAGACGAAGCCUUAUUGUCCUGUGACUUGUGUAAACAUAACAAGCUGUCUUCAGAAAUUAGGCGUGUCUUCGGUGGCCGAUAUCGCGGGCACUACGUGUUGGUGGUGGAGGUGGUGGGUUUUCGUCGGGGAGACUACAAGUUGCUGUAUCGUGAUCCAGCUCGAUCGGCAUCUGUCUGCGCCACAACACCGCGAAGAUUGAAUGCUGCUAGAUUGGUACCCUAUACAGAUUGCGAUGUUAUCCUUAUUGAUAAUAAGUAUUAAUACCUGUUGUGAUAAUUAAAGUAUAUACAUAAUUUCAAAUUGUUUAAAUGUAAGUUAUUGUACCAUUUAAUAAAAUACCCAAUUUCCAUUACUUUCUAAGAGUAAACUGGUUCGCUAUAGAUGGUAUAAUAUUAAUUGCUUGGAAUACAUAUACGAGUAUACUUAAACUGCAGUAAGGAACUGUAUGCACAUCACUGAUAAUUUUUAUGAAUUAAUUUUAUCACAGAAAAUAUAAUAAAAGCAGAUUUAUGCAGUCUUAUCACUACUCAAAUAAGUAAGAAAAAGAUAUUUACAUAUUUUGGUGUGAAAUCACUCGUACACCUGACAUAUAUUUCUAAAAGGAAACUUCGAUACACUUUACCGUUGGACUA